UCUGAAAAAAAAAUGCCACGCGUUUACUGUCCUGUUUUAUAAUUCAACUUUAGUUAUUAUUAUUUUAAAUUUAUUCUAAAUGAAUGUGUUUCGGCAAUAUUUAGUUUUAUCCGUUACUGCAUUACGAAAAUCUGUACGAUAUAAUUCAUGUAAGUAUUUAAAUCCAAGUCUCAACAUGGCAAAAAGUGAGUCCAAGAGGAUUGUAUGGAUGGAUUUAGAGAUGACAGGCCUUGAUAUCAACAAAGAUCAUAUUCUUGAGAUUGCAUGUUUAGUGACUGAUGGAGACCUCAAUGUGGUAGCGACUGGUCCUAACAUUGUUAUACAUCAGCCAGACAAUAUUCUAGCAAAUAUGAACUCUUGGUGUGUGGCCCAACAUGGUGAGAGUGGAUUGACACAGGCUAGUAGAAACUCCAAAAUAUCAAUACAAGAUGCUGAGACGAAAGUCCUCGAGUUUGUCCGGAGACAUGCACCUGAAAAGAAAUGCCCAUUAGGCGGGAAUAGUGUCUAUAUGGAUCGUUUAUUUAUCAGAAAGUACAUGCCCAAGGUUGAUGAUUAUUUACACUACAGAAUAAUAGAUGUAAGCACACUCAAGGAGUUGGCCAAGCGUUGGUACAAGAAAGAGUAUUCAAAUGUACCACAGAAAGGCUUCAAACAUCGGUCUAUAGAUGAUAUUCUUGAAAGCAUAGAAGAGCUCAAGUAUUAUAGAGAUACUAUAUUUAAGCAUUAAUAAUUAACAAUCAUUAUUUAAUUUAAUAUAAACACUUUACUUUUAUUGUACAGGCAAAAAAAUUGUAAAACGCAAGCUUAAUGCCUUAUGGUGUGUUGAAAGCGUUG